AGUAAAAAUCUCCCCAAAGUCACAAGUGGCCUUCAUUUCCUCCAUUUACGAGGGCUCUUAGUUGUCUUUACGUGCUUUGUACAGAGAUUCCACACGCCAAUUCCUUUAAGCUUAGAACAUCCUUAAAUCACAAUGCAUAAUCCCUUUUCACACAGCAUGAUUAAGUUGCCUGCUGACGGCAAGACUUGCAUGGCUUCUUCAUCACCUAGCUCCAACUACGAAACAGACCACAGUGCAUUGUCUCCAAAUGACGAAUCUAUGGAGGCAGUAGACUUGGAAAAUGGCCCAGCCUUUGGAAGCUGUCGGGAUGUCCACCGGAAGGAUGUUUCAAUAACAUGGGAGAACCUUGGGGUGACAGUUUCCGAUAGGAAACAUGGGUGCAGAUCCAUUCUUCAAGGACUCACCGGCUAUGCUCGGCCUGGGGAGGUCUUGGCAAUCAUGGGUCCUUCGGGCUGCGGCAAGACUACUCUUCUUGACGCACUAGCUGGGAGAUUAGAUUCCAGCACAAAGCAUACUGGAGAAGUUCUAAUCAAUGGUCGAAAACAGCCAUUGGCAUAUGGGACUUCGGCUUAUGUGACUCAAGACGAUGUUAUAACAUGGACACUAACCGUAAGAGAAGCUGUCUUCUACUCAGCUCAACUCCAACUACCCAAUUCAAUGUCAUUAAGCAAGAAAAAAGAGCGAGCAGAGACGACAAUAAAAGAGAUGGGGUUACAAGACUCAAUGGACACAAGAAUAGGAGGAUGGAGCAACAAGGGCCUAAGUAGCGGGCAGAAGAGGAGAGUGAGCAUUUGCAUAGAGAUUUUAACUCGGCCGAAGCUUCUUUUCCUCGACGAGCCAACAAGUGGACUUGACAGUGCUGCAUCAUAUUAUGUUAUGAAACGAAUGGUCGAUCUUGCAAAGCAAGACAGAAUGACAAUUAUUGCAUCCAUUCAUCAACCUAGCAGUCAAGUCUUUCAGCUCUUUCACAACCUAUGCCUUCUGUCUUCUGGACGAACAAUAUACUUUGGUCGCUCUGAUAGAGCUAAUAAGUUUUUUGAAUUGAACGGUUUCCCUUGCCCGAGUCACCAAAACCCAUCUGAUCAUUACCUACACACAAUCAACACAGAUUUUGAUGAGGACAUGGAUCAAGGUUUCCAUGCAAAGAAAACCACCGAGGAAGCAAUCGAUUUUCUUGUAAGAUCUUAUAAAUCAUCACAUGCUUGCCAGCAAAUCCAAAGACAUGUAGCAGAAAUAUGUAGCUUGGACAGAGAAGAACUAAAGAAGGGCAGCCAGGCUAACUUCAUUUCCCAGUGCCUUAUUCUCACAAGAAGGUCUUUUGUGAACAUGUAUCGAGAUCUAGGCUACUACUGGCUCCGUCUGGCCAUUUAUAUUGCGUUAUGUUCAGGCUUAGGAUCCGUUUUCUAUGACAUAGGCUCUGGUUACAGCUCGAUACAGGCAAGAGGUUCACUGCUUAUGUUCACUGCUUCCUUCUUGACAAUCAUGGCUAUUGGGGGUUUCCCUUCAUUUGUGGAGGACAUGAAGGUUUUUCAACGGGAAAGAUUAAACGGACAUUAUCAGUCGGCUGCAUUUGUUGUCAGCAACACAGUUUCUUCAACACCCUUCUUGCUUGUUAUAUCUUUGAUUCCCGGAGCAAUAACUUACUACCUUGUUGGCCUCCAACAAGGUUGCGCACAGUUCAUCUACUUUGCCUUGACACUCCUUGCCUGUAUGAUGCUGGUGGAAAGCCUAAUGCUGAUUGUUGCAAGCAUCAUGCCAAAUUUCCUGAUGGGUCUAAUAACAGGAGCAGGGAUCCAAGGGUUAAUGAUACUAAGUGGCGGUUUCUUUCGGCUGCCGCAUGAUCUUCCCUUAGUUUUCUGGAGAUAUCCGUUAUACUACAUUGCUUUCCAUAGAUAUGCGUACCAGGGGCUCUUCAAAAACGAGUUUGAAGGACUGACAUUUCCUAAUGGUCAAGUACUGCAAGGAGGAGGGCCCGCUUACAUCAAAGGUGAAGAAAUUUUGAGAAUUAUAUGGCAGGUGGAAAUGCGUUACUCGAAGUGGAUGGAUCUUGCCAUGUUAUUUGCAAUGGUAGCUUUCUAUCGGCUCAUGUUGUUAAUUGUACUUGGAACUGUUGAAAAGUUUAAGCCUAUAAUUAGAGAAAUCAAGUUUGUUUUUCUUAGUAAAACAAAAAAAUAUAUUGGUUGAUCUAUAUUCUAAGCCUUUAGAUGGAG